UCCUUGGGUACUGUAUCUUCAUUUAUUCCCUCAUUCUGUGCAAGAUUGAUAGGUGCACUGGAGAUGAUGAAGCAAGGGGUGAAGCGUCUUCUUGUUCCCAAGAGUCUGGGAUGGAAAGGCAUGAGCAAGCGAUUCUCAAUUCUCUACAAUGGUAAGUGGCUUAAGAAUAUUGAUACCUCUGCUGGCAGCAGCAAUUACCUCAAUGCCAACAGCAGCAAUAACGUCAAUGCCAACAGCAAUCGGACUUCCUCUUCCACCACCAUCAUCCGUGAUAAGUUAUGCUGUCUGUCAAGAGAAGAUGUCAUCCGUUUCCUUAUUGGUUGCCUUGGUGCUUUGGCUCCACUCCCUCUGUCCUCCAUUUCCUCCCUUGGAGCCAUCAACCCAAACUACUACUCUAUUGAGGCCUCCUUGCCAGCCAUUGAAGCAACUCGAAAGCUCCCUGAAGACCCUACUGCAGUAGUUGUGGAACACUUGCCAGAUGGUCGGUAUAAGAUCACUGGAGAUAUCUCUGCCACCAAACUAUGGAAAUGUGAUUACUUAGCGGCAGCAUGGGCUUUAGCCAAUCUUUCAGCCGGACAAUUUGUGAUGGGAGUUGAAGAUGAUGUGACCUUAAGGUCAUUGCCUGAUUUCGCUGUAAAUUCAGCAGUUGGCAAUAACAAUUUGGCCAAUGGAGGUGGUGGAUCAACAAGGCCAAAGAAAUUUAGUAGCAGGAGUAUUGGUGUUGGGGAUAAAUCCCACUCAACCCGAUCCAAUGAGGAAAUUCAAAAGUACAAAAAAUACAACAAUCAGUCGUAUAUUACAUCACAGAGUACAGGAUUGUGA